UUGGGCUGUUGCACAUCGCCCUUUUGCUUCCUUUCCCUCCAGCAAAUCCAAUCAUCCCCAAAACUUUGAUUUUUCUCCAGAAGUCUGAGUUAAUUUCGUUGUGGCGCAGCUUCUACAUCGCAUGAACCCAACUUUCCUCUGUUUCUUUGCCGAGAACCUGAAAUCAGAGCUGCCCGAAGCAGGGAGCCCGGAAUCCGGGGAGCCUCAGGCUCAGUUCCGGCGAAAGCCGCGGGUCCCUGCGAGGGAGGAGCCGUUUCCCCCCGAGUUGGGUGCAGAGGGCGGGCAGCGACCUAGCAGGACAUGCGCUCCGGUCCCGGACCCCCAGCACUGGGCUGGGGUGUUUCGCGUUGAGUCCCAGCCUAGGCUUCCGCAGGAGCUAUUUUUAGCGGCGCCCCCCUGCCCCAGCCUCCAGCGUGGUAGACGCUGGCUGGCGCUAGCAGCUCGGCGGCUCCGUCCGGUCUCCCCCCGCCGCCGCUGGCUCUUGGUAUCGUCCACGCGGGCCGGCCCGGGAACUGAGCAUGUCUGGAAGCGCUCGGCGGCCUCGGCGGCGGCGGGGGCAGAGCUGGGCUGCGUCAGGCUGAGCCCAUUCACCGCGCGGCCGCAGGAGCGCAGCGCCAGCGCCGCGCCGCUCAGCCCCGCCGAGAGGGGCGCACUCGCCGUCGCGGGGCCCUCCGCCGCUCACCGCAGCCCCCUCCUGGCGACCCGCAAGGUCACAUUCUUUGCUCGUCCAAUGAUACUCCUUUCUAACCUCUCCCUGGCCCCCCGCGCACGCCAAACCCGAUGCCAGUCUUGUCCUCCGAUUCCGCGCGGGGAGGAGGCGUCCGUCCCUCCUCUGCCAGAGGGAAUCCUAGGUAGGGGUCCCGGCGGUCUGAGGGGCUCCGGAACCCACGGGUCCGUCUCUGGGGCAUCGCUCCGGGGGUCCGCAGUUCCCUCUGCUGCCCCUGCAGGUGACGCGGUGAUGUUGCCCCGCGGCAGAGGGACUAACACGGGUUCUCGGGAAGGGGGUCUCCCCCUAGCUCCCCACACGUAAAUGUCAUUUAAAAAGGAAAAGACCAGAUUAGUAGAAUAAACGAGCAUCUAGGGCAACAAGCUUUAUGCAAAACCCGGCUCUGACUAGGAAAGAUUUCAUCCACCCAGCUCAGGACGGGAAGAAGCAUUUGCACACCGGAUGGAAAACUGGAGGGAUGAGGGGCGAGGAGCGGGAGUUGUCGCCAAGCCCCAGGCUUCUCAGACUCCAUCCGGCUUGCUGUGUUGUCCUCGGUGCCAUCUUUUAAGCGAGACUUGACCAGAUGCCGGGAAAUGAGGAUGAAGGCAACUCUGGAGACCUGUGCGGUCUAUGGAAGGACUGAAAGAACGGGGAGGAGAGCCGUGCCGACCAUCUGCAGCUAUCUCACAGGGCUCGGAGACUGUGAGUGUGUAACCACCAGAAAUAGUUCCAGACAACCAAAAUACAGGAGGGUGACUCAGAUGACGGGAAGUGAAAACUUUGAAAAGUGAUGAGGACCAUGGUAUGGACUGUCUUGCAGGGCGAUCACUGAUCCGUGGAGGGAUUCAGCAGAAAGGACAGAAAACUUCUAAUGGCCAGGACACACCCUCUUAUCCUAUGUGACACUGGCUGGCCCAGUUUCUAGUAUAGUAACUUUUGAAAUGUAUCUUUUGAAGUAUGACCAUGCUUCUGAACAUCUGUAAGGUGGACAGUUUGAAUAAAAAGGCUUUGGUGUCA